AUGUCCCUCUCCACCUCCUCUGCCGCGUCGUCGGCGGCUUCGACGCCCUCCGUCUCUUCUGUGUCGUCGCCAACCGCCUCGUCGGUCGACUUGCACUCGCUAUCGUCCGGAUCUGCUGUGGUUGGCCUCGGCCUCGGCCUCGCGUUGGAAGGCACGGCGUCCAAGACAGUCACGGACAGCAUCAAUGCCGCGCCGGUCGGCCCGGAAGUCGUACCAGCCUCACCCGUGUUCACCGUUCCUGUCCUCCCCGCCGCAUCCGAGCACGUCUCCAAGCCGUUCGGGAGCACCGGCGCAAUGUGGGGCAAUGAUGUUUGGGAACGUGGAUUCGCCAGUCAUGGACGCUCUUAG